AUGAAUGCGAACUGCAAGUAUCCUCAUGGAACGUUUGAAGGCAUGAGCAUCUACCACCCGCAGUACAAUUCCAUGAUGAUGAGACCCCAGUCACUCAAUUUGCAUCUGCCCUUCAAGGUAGAGCCCAGAUAUGGCGUGAAUAUAUACUACGACCAAUUGUAUACUAUGCUCUCCAUCACGAUGGAGGUAUGA